AAUAUAGAUGCGAGAAUCUGGCCAGGAUCAUAAGGUGCUAUGAGCUCCAAAAUCAUACUGGCACCGACAUCUUGUUCAUUACAUAGUAGCUACCUAGGUACCUGUAGGAUAGAGCCUCGUUCUAAGUAGUGGUCCAUGGAGAUUAAAAAUUGAACCAACUAAAAGAAAGUUGCCGUAGAAUAUCUGGUGUAAAAGAGAUAGAGUCUAAGCGCCUUUCGUAUCUUCGAUAUUAGCUAUUGCGGCCCGUGAUCCUGGAUCUGAUUCGCCCUGCAACAAGCCGCUAUCGUGACUACGGGACCUGAGACGUCUGAUCACCCUGGUCUGACACCCCCUCUCCCCAUCGAACGGUAUUAGUCCAAAGUCUUAUAUUUUCCAAUGAUACCUUCGACCUUUUCCGCUUCCUCUUUCUUUUCCCCUUAUUCCACGAGUUGAUCUCUUCAUUCUUGGCCUCCUUUCGUUUACCGUUCGCUUCAUCAACUUUCAUUGUAAUUACAUCGACAGUGUUUUGUGGCAGGCCACAGCAUCCCAACGAAGUUUUUAAUUAUUCGAUUCCCUAGUUUUUUUCUUCAAUUUUUUAUUUAACAAAGAAAAAUAAAAUAAAAAAUCGCCCGGCACUAUGUCCCGAACACCGUUCCAACUUCUCGUAUUCCUCCUGUCCAUCUGCAGUAUUGUAGUGGCCGAGGUCGAUGUCACGCACGACCUGCUUCCGCGACAGAGUCCCAGCGCAAACGAUGUGAACUCGCCUAUCUGCAAGAACUAUGCGGUGGUAGCCAACCUUUCCACCAUCGCAUUGAACUCGACGUACCGCGCGGCGUUCCUACGUUCCUCUCCCCUCGGAACGUUCCCUGCCAGGGAAAUCUUGGAUGUACAGGCCCCGAAACUCGCCGCGAUGAUGAUGGAUACCCAAUUGAACCGGCGAUGCGGAAAUCUAUCCCAAGCUGCGAUCGACGGAGCCGCUGCCAACCUUACCGCGGGUACUGUACUCGGUCUGCCGAUCCUCGACGCGCCUGGCAUUGACCCUGCGAAUGUGGCCAUGCCCAUUGUCGGAAUUGCCAUCUUCUUGAUGUUUGGUGGAACAUGGCUUGCGUUGUAAGCCGCUCCAGUGCGAGGCUUUAUUUAAUUUAAUGAGAACGUGAGGGGAAUUUGAGGCUUAGAUUGUCCUUGAGCGAGAUAACCCAACCCCCCUAGACAGUUGGUGUAAAGUUGGAAGUUGGACAUUGUAAUAGGUUUUGAUGAACGUGUCCCGGAAUUGUCAUGUAUAUAUAACUGUCCAGUUCGCCGUCGGGCGGUUGUGCUGGCACUGAAGCAAUAGACGUUUGGUUGGCCAAAUCCCGUAUUUAUUACAGCAAGUCAUAUGAAAAAUCUAUAACUUUUGUCUUACUUAGAUAUGUACCUUUUACAGGUAUGCGUUGUUUUGUAAAUGGUUCACCAUGUGAUUAUGGGGGAAUCGGGCAGGCUACGGAUUUGUAGUGGACUUGCGGAUACCUAAGCAACGGGAUGGAAACAGGUAUCUAACCUACCUAGGUACCUGUAAUUAUUAGUUCUCACCUUACCUAAGGUACAGGUAUUUUGCUAUUAAAGCAAGAGUUGAAUUUUAAUGUCUUAAUAAUUGGGUUCAGUACCUUAGGUAAUUUCACUCAUACAACAGGUACCUA